UGUAAUGUAUUGGUAUACAUAACCCUACAUCUAUUUACAUAAUUUAAUAAUUUUCAGUUGAAUUAUGAGUAAAUAUGCCAGAAAAGUUCCAAGUUAUAGAUCUCCACAAAGAAGGUCGCGCUCGCCGGAUCGCUACGAUUCUUCUUAUAAACGAAGAAAACGUAGCCCAUCCUACAGAGACAAGCACAAAGAGACUGAAAGUAAAAGUGACCGAUGGCCAAAUAGUGAACACAAUUCGUAUUUGCAUCAUAAACAUCGCAGCAAUUUGAAGAGAUUAACCCAAGAGGAAGAAAUACUGGAAGCACGUCGACAAGAAAGAGAAAUGCUCGGUAUGAGAUUGUGUCCAAACAUUUGGGGCAAAUCACCAACUCCAGAAGAAUCUUCCGCUUCUGAUUCGGAUGAUAAGAAAAGUGUAGAGGAGUCCGAAAAAAAAGAACACAAAAAAAGAAAAAAGGAAAAGAAGCACAAAAGGUCUAAAAGUAAGAAAUCGAAGAAAGAGAAGAAGAGAAAGAAAAAAAGAAAAUCCAAAAGUGAUGAUAGUUCUAUGGAGGAGUGGGUUGAAAAAGAAGAUAAAGACAAGUCAUUGACUGUUGAUGCGCAAACUGACGUGGAUGGAGCUAUCGGGCCCCAAUUAAAAACCCACGCCACUUUAACACAUAAGGAAAUGGGUAAAGCUCUGCUACCUGGGGAGGGUGCUGCUAUGGCAGCGUACGUGGCCGAAGGUAAACGUAUUCCACGUAGAGGUGAAAUUGGGUUAACCUCGGAUCAAAUUGCAACGUUUGAGUCGGUGGGUUAUGUAAUGUCGGGCAGUCGUCAUAGGAGAAUGGAAGCAGUUCGUAUCCGAAAAGAAAAUCAAAUUUAUUCGGCAGACGAGAAGAGAGCAUUAGCUAUGUUCAGCAAGGAGGAGAGGCAGAAACGUGAAAAUCUAAUUUUAGGACAAUUUCGAGAGAUGGUUAAUGCAAAGCUGAGCGAUAAAAAAAAAUAGUGUAGAUAUUUAUUUUCUUCUUUAAAAUAUAGUGCAAAUAUGUAUAAGUAUCUUAUCUAUACAAUCUUAGUCGACUGUAAAUCAUAUUAACUGAAUGAACGCUGUUACAUUUAAAAAGUCCUUUUUAUUGAGAGUUAUAGGUAUAUCAUAAUAUAUUAUAGUAUUAAUUCUU